AACCAGCCAAAACCCAACAGAAAAAUUAGGGAGAGAGGGAGAAAAUUUUGAUUUAUUGAUGGGUGAAUGGAGGAUUACAAUAAAUUAUCAAAAUUAGGGUUUACAAUUAUGUCUUUAGAUCAUGAAGAAGUGUUUGAUUGGUAAUUAAUCCAAAAUUAGGGCUGAUUCGAAGAGGAAGAAGGAGAAAUUGGUUACAGAUAUUGCAUCUCGGUUUCAUUUGAUAUAAGGUCAUGUUAAUUAUACAGAUCUGAUUGGUAAUUUGAAACAUGUGGCUUGCUUUCUGGAGACCCAGAAAUCGAUUCUCUUUGGAAGAACUCAGCCGUUUAACUGAUCAGCUGCAAAAAGUACAAAUUGUCAAUGAAGUUAACCAGGAUCUGGUGAUUGAGGCACUGAGGUCAAUUGCUGAGAUAGUUACAUAUGGUGACCAAAAUGAUCCAACCUUUUUUGAUUUUUUCAUGGAAAAGCAAGUUAUGGGGGAGUUUGCGCGUAUACUAAAAGUUAGUAAAACCUUGGCUGUAGCUCUUCAAAUACUACAAACCGUGAGCAUUAUGAUUCAGAAUCUUAGGAGUGAGCGUGCUCUAUAUCACAUAUUCAGCACUGAACAUGUUAACUACCUUAUAACAUAUCCCUUUGACUUCCGUAACGAAGAACUAUUGUCUUACUACAUCUCUUUUCUAAGGGCGAUAAGUGGGAAGCUAACUAAAAGUACAGUUCCUUUGCUUAUGAAGACUGAAAAUAAUGAAGUAGUAUCCUUUCCGUUGUACAUAGAGGCUAUACAAUUAGCUUUCCACGAAGAAAGCAUGGUUCGUAUUGCUGUGCGUGCUGUGACACUCAAUGUCUACCAUGUUGGAGACGAAUGUGUUAAUAGAUAUGUCAUUAGUACACCUAUGGCAGAUUACUUUUCGAAUUUGAUUACCUACUUCCGGAGGCGGUGCAUAACCUUGGACGAACGGGUCUCUGAAUCUGUAAAGAAUCCAACCCCAGAAUCAAAUUCUUCCAUUCUUGCUGCUGUUGAUGAAAUUGAAGACAGCUUAUAUUAUUUUAGUGAUGCUAUAUCUUCGGGGAUUCCCGACCUUGGAAAGGUGAUAGCGGAGAAGAUGUUGCAGCUUUUGAUAUUUCCAUUGCUUUUUCCAUCUUUGAGAACAGACCCUACCAAUGGGGCACAAAUCAGCGCUACUACUUCACUGUAUUUAUUUUGUUGCAUUGUGCGCAUCCUUAAGAUCAAGAAUUUAGCGAAUACAAUUGCCGUGGCAUUACUCUGUUUGCUGGAAGCAUUUACUCCAAGGUCUGAAGUUAAACAGAACGGAAAUAUAUUUGGUCACAGUUUCACACAGGAAAACCAUAGUCUGGACAAAGAUGCAGUUGAUGCAAAAGCAGAUAAUCAGCUCUUAAAAAUUACUGUACCAACUUCACCUAGUUCUUCCCAAAUACAUUCAGCAGAAGACUUUUCACUCCAGCAUAACUGUAGUGGUCCGCAUUUGGCUUUGAGGGAAGUAUUGCUCUCAUACAUUGUUCAUGGGGAUGAAAUAAAAGUUUUGGGUUCUUUGAAUGUGCUGGCUACUUUGUUGCAGACGAAGGAACUAGAUGAGUCAAUGCUUGACGCUCUUGGAAUUCUUCCCCAAAGAAAACAGCAUAAGAAACUUCUGCUGCAAGCUUUGGUGGGAGAGGGUCCAGAUGAAGAGCAGCUUUUUUCACCAGAAGGUGGCGUUUCGGAAGAUGGCGUCAAUAGUCAAAUUGAUACAUAUCUUCAAACUAUCAAGGAUCAAUAUGGUUGGUCAUGUUCUUGCAUUGAUUUGGGCGUAAGCCCUCGAGUACAUAGAUUUCAGGUGGUUGAUGCGCUGGUCAGUCUAUUUUGCCGGUCCAAUAUUUCUGCAGAAACAUUGUGGGAUGGUGGCUGGCUUUUGCGCCAGCUGCUUCCGUAUAGUGAAGCAGAAUUUAGCAGCCAUCAUCGUAAAUUGCUCAAAGAUGCAUACAAGAAUUGCUCAGCUUGUCUUCUCCUGGAAGUUAGAGGGGUUUGGCCUGAUUUACUCACAACAAUCCUAACCAAUGAGUGGAGAAAGUGCAAAAAAGCAAUUGAAGCGUCUUCUCCCCAGAAAGAGCCUAAAUGCGUACUCUUACCGCCACCAAAAUUCUCUCUAGACGUUGAAUCAUCUUUCUCCGCAGGUGAAAGAAUGUAUGAGAUGGUGAAGGUAUUUGUCCUGCGCCAUCAACUUCAAAUCUUUUCCUCUGGUGGGAUUUUGCCCGACCAACCACCAAUAAAUUGUCCAACUGACCCUCCUGUAAACUCCCGAUCAAAAGCUGCUGGGCUGGAUCUUACAGAUCCAAAACCCGGCACUGAGAUAAGCAUAGCUGGUGCAGUGCCUUGUAGAAUUGCAUUCGAGAGAGGAAAAGAGCGUCAUUUUUUCUUUUUGGCAGUCAGUAGAGGAGCAUCUGGGUGGAUUCUCCUCAUUGAAGAACAACCCAUUAGGAAUAAACGUGGAGUUGUUCGUGUCGCCGCACCUUUGGCUGGCUCUAAUCCUAAAAUAGAUGAUAAGCAUAUGAAAUGGUUACACCUACGAAUACGUCCGUCUAGCUUGCCCUUUUUGGACCCGUCGAAAUUCGAUGUAUUUGGAAAUCCAAAGCCAAAAGCUUUGAUUGAUGGGAGAUGGACCCUCGCAUUUAGGGACGAGGCUUCAUGCCAAUCUGCUUUCUCGAUGAUACUCGAGGAGAUUGAUUUGCAAACUAACGAAGUGGAAAGGAGAUUGAAGCCCUUAUUUGAUCUUAGUAGACCGAUUGACGAGUUAGUACCUUCUCUUCAUGUUACAGAAACUUCGCCAAUAAGAACGAAAACGGAAGUUUCUUCAUAAGUCUCAUCCUCCCCCAGAUGGGUUGUGAAAUAAUAGGUUGUUUUAUGGGUGAAGUUUCCACCCUUUUGUAAAUUCCUUGUCACAGAAAGUAGAGUAGUCCUUUUAACCAUCAAAUUCUAUUUAUGAUUUGAUGGCUAUUCUUUUUACACUAGUUAGAUCCUGAUUGAUCUUCUACUGUAUGUGUGUAACAGUUUUCUUUUUGUUUCGGUAAUCAUUCUUUAACAGUAGUUGUAGCCUUGUUCUUUUUCUGCCCUUUUCUUAGUUUUGUAAGUCAUGUAUAGUAAAUCAAAUGUAUAUUUGAGAUGAUCCUAAAAUGAAGAUGCAAGUUAUUUUCUUC